AUGACAUCACUUCAUCCAAACAUUCCCUGCAACUCAAGUUUCUCUGCUGGAGGUUAAUAGAUUGGAAGAUGAAAAGUUAAAGUUUUCAGUAAGUGCAAUAUGUUAUUUACGUAUUAAUUUCACACAUUUGUUUUUGCAUGCUUUAUGUGUGCAUGAGAGGUACGCGAUAACUCAUUUAUGUGCAAAACAACAACAAAAAAUGUUGUAGCUAACGUUAGCUAACUAGCUAGCUAAAACUUUUUUGGCCAAAUACUGCUAGCUAACCAUGGCGUUCUGUGAAGAUGCUCAACCAAACUAGCUAUUUUGGCAACUAACGUUACGGUGUAUAUGUAUGUAUUUUGUUGUUCUCAUAAAACAAGGUUAGCCAGCUAGUUAGUUAGCAACAAAAGUUGCUUUCCUCGCUAGCUAUCUAACUAGCUACCGAGGGCUAUCAUUAGAUCUGGUCCAUCGCGCGACGACAACGAAUUGGCUGGUCAUCUCCUAACAGCAUCUUCAGUCUGAAUGAGUGUUAUUUUUGGCUGUAAAUUACUUUUGUUUAGUGACUGGCAUCCAGAUAAUACUGCCGUAACUCACCAAAGUAAAGAUGUUGCCAGAGUGCUGGAUAACCUUUUCCUCUGUGUGCACAGGGUGGUAUACUUUUAAGCACUUUGGUCCACUCUCAUCCGUCGGAUCUCCACUAGUGCGUGCGCACCCGACGCUAGUGGUCGAACGUAUUUUAUUUUGGAUAAAUGGUACACUUUACACGCAGAGAAGGGUCAGAGAGGAAGAUGCGAAGCGAGAGCUUUCACUCUCGCCAGAAUAUGUCCGAAAAUAAGCCCAAUGCGUUUGUAUGGGCUUAUUUUUUACCUAAACUUGUCGCCUGCCUUCCCAUUAUUAGGGCGGAGACAUGAGCACCUCGUCAUUAUAUACAGAUCACUGGAAAAGUUCUCCAGUCAGCAGUCUGGCAACAUCUUUACCUUUGGGUCUACUCUCUACAAAUCGUUGAUUGGGUUCGUCUAUGCAAUGGAGACGCAAUGGACCAGAGCUAUGCUAUCCUGUGUGUAGCUAAAACAAAAUAGCUAAAGCUAGCCUGCAGGCUGUGCGAGUUCCAACUCAUAGUUUUUGUUUACUUGGCGGCCAAGACGUCAGACAUCUUUUCCAUGCUAAUUAAAGUAAUUAAUGUAUAAAAAUCCCCAAAACAAAUUCAGACUGAUGACUAGCCAGUUACAGAAAUUUACUAGAUGCUUAUUUUAUUAUGACCAGAUAACAAUGCCAUCUAUGCAGUUCCCAUCAUAGCAUGGACUUCUCCUGAAUGACAAACAGUUUGGCUUUGUCUAUAUAACUAGAUAGAGCUAGGCCUAUUUUAUGUUAUUUAACAAUAUAUUUAUUUGCCUCUUUCUACUAGCAUUUUCUUUCUUUCACACAUUUACUUUCUUUCCAACAUGGAUCACAUUGAAUGUUAUCAUAUUUUCUGUAUGAGGAUAUUUUUUUUUUUUCUUCUGUAUGAGUGAUGUUGGGUGUGGAUAUUUUGGCCUGUGUAGGAUGUCCUGUCUAAGAUGACUGAAAUCACAAACCGGAGACCCCAAAGGGAGUCCUGGACCGCUGACUACUAGCCCAGCCUGCCAGCGAUGUCUCCCAAAGUGCCUAGCCAUGGCAGGGCGGAGGACACGGCGGUGCAGGUCGCUGUUCGAGUGCGCCCCCUGCUGCCCAAGGAGCUGCUGCACAGCCACGAGAGCUGCAUGACGGCUGACCCUGAGCAGCGCAGGGUCACUCUGGGUCACGACCGACACUUCCACUGUGACUUCCUGUUUGAGGAGACCAGCUGCCAGGAGGAGGUGUACGCUGUGUGUGUCCAGCCCCUCAUAGAGGCCUUCUUUCAGGGUUUCAACGCCACUGUCUUCGCCUAUGGACAGACAGGCUCUGGCAAGACAUACACUAUCGGAGAGGCCAACAUUUGUGAGUUUCUGGUUUCUUCCCCGCUACCUGCAAUGUUUGGUGAUUUCAUCAUUUUUUUCUAUGGCUUUUGAUUCCCAUCAGAGGAGAUGUACUAGCUUGUAGUGUAGUGGAGCGGAGAAUAGAUGCACGUCUUCUGGUGUGUGAUAUAGAAAUGCUGAUAGGCAGAGAGUUCACACCCAUCCUGGAAGCCAACUGCACUUCCUACAAUGCAGCUGCCACAGCCUGCGGGAACAGUCCAUACCAGACAGGCUUGCCAUCUGAGCUACUGGUGUGUGAGAUGGCAAAGCUGUGUGGGUGGAUUAUGGUUAUAACACAGAGCGUUUGUGUGUGAUGAAGUUCUGUGGUGCAUGUGUGUGUCAGUGGUACGUGUUCCUUCAAUGAAAACAGUGCAAAGCUGCAGGCAAUGAUUUUAUAUACUGUACCUACAUACUUAUUUGUCCUCAGAGAGGUUACUAGGCUAUACCAUACAGGGUAUAUGAACCCAGUGUCUGUGUGUAGCUUCCUUUAGGGAUGAGGAGCAGGGCAUCAUCCCCAGGGCUGUGGCUGAGGUCUUCAAGCUGCUGGAUGAGAAUGACCUCAGUGACUUCUCUGUCCGAGUGUCUUACCUGGAGGUGUACAAGGAGGACUUCAGGGACCUGCUGGAGGUGGAGACAGCCAGCAAGGACAUCCACAUCAGAGAGGAUGACAAGGGCAACAUUGGUAUGGAUGUUUUUUGUUAUUAUAUAUUUUUUUGUUUUUUUCAACAAAUAUUUAUUGCAAACAAGCAUCUCUUUGUUGUCAGGGAUCUUUAAGUUCAACAUGAGGGUAGGGAGUAGUCAAAGUCAUGUGUGUUAGUUAUUCAUGUCUCUGUCUGUGCUCGUGUGUGCGCUUCUCUGCAGUGCUGUGCGGGGUGAAGGAGUGUGAGGUGGAGGGGCUGGACGAGGUGCUGAGCCUGCUGGAGUCUGGCAACACGGCCAGACACACGGGCGCCACCCAGAUGAACCCCCACUCCAGCCGCUCACACACCAUCUUCAGCGUGCACAUGGACCAGCGCCGCGGCGGCUCCCGGGCCCAUGGUAACACCACCACGGGCACCGGGCCUCACGUCCUCUCCUCUAAGUUCCACUUUGUGGACCUGGCGGGGUCGGAGAGGAUCCUCCGCACAGGGAACACAGGGGAGAGGCUGAAGGAGAGCAUCCAGAUCAACAGUGGCCUGCUGGCCCUUGGGGAAUGUCAUAGGAGCCCUGGGAGACCCCAAAAGGAGAGGCACCCAUAUACCAUACAGGGACUCCAAAAUCACCAGGUAUAUAGUCCUCUAACUAACAUUUGGGGACUCAUAAAAUGGUGUGCAGGAUAUAUAUAUAUAUAUUUUUUUUAAAGCAAAUCAUUUACCCCCUAUUGACAUGUGUAUUUAAGUCUGACAUUUAAAUUCUGUAUUCAGGAUCUUGAAAGAUUCUCUGGGAGGAAACGCCAAGACGCUGAUGAUUGCCUGCAUCAGCCCCUCCUCUGCGGACUUUGACGAGAGCCUGAACACACUGAACUACGCCAAGCGGGCCCGCAACAUCCAGAACCGGGCCACAGUAAACUGCCGAGGAGAGCCGGACCGCGUGGAGGGGCUGGAGCAGCAGAUCCGGGCUCUCCGCAGGGCCCUUGAGAACCGUCAACGCUCAGAGACCCGUAUCAUCGCCCGCUCCGACCCAGACAGGCGGUCGCGCCCCGGAGAGGGAGAGAUCAUCAGACUGCAAGCCCAGAGUGCCCACUACAGGACCUGUACUGACACUGCAUACAGGUGAGAUGAAACGCCCACAAACUGCUCUAAUUUUCUUAAUAAUCACUGGCAAUAAGUUCAGUAGUUGACUAGAAGUAAUAUAAUCAGUUUCAUAAACAAAGUGCACUUUAUUGUGAGGACUGAUGUGUGUGUGGGUGUUGUGUUUGGCUAAUGAGCUCAGGAGUAGUCUGAAUAUGUAAGUCUGUGUACCCAUCCCCAGGUUGCUGCGUGAGCUGCAGGGUGAGGGGGCGCUGACUGCGGAGCAGGGCCUGAGGGUGAAGGACUGGCUGUGUUCUGUGGAGGAAGAACGGAGCGGCCUGACCACCGCCUCAGGACCUGACAGCGGCAUCGAGAGCAGCUCCACCGAGGACACCGCCGCUCUGAGGAGGGGGAGGGCUGCCGUCAAGAACCAGGUCAUACACAAAUUAACAAUCGCUACAUCACUUACUACAUAUUCAUAAAGCUCCUAUUUAUUUAAAGAAAAUGUUUAACAAAAUGUUAAUCUUAUCAACUAGAGGUUCAUCCUAGGACUGAGCAAUAUAUCGUAUUUUAAGGUAUACCGGUAUGGAUCCACAAACUGGUAUGGAUUUUUACAAUGCUGUCUAUAGCGAUAUGUUAAUACAGUGCUAAAUAAAUGAACAUUUCUAUAAAGUGGACUACUUCACUGUCAAUGUUUUCCUAGUAUGAUUUGAGUUUAAAGCAGUCAGAAUGGAGAAAGCCCAUUAAAACCACUUAAAAUGAAUUUGUUGUCGUAACUCACCGAAGUAAAGAUGUUGCCAGAGUGCUGGAUAACCGUUUCCUCUGUGUGCACAGGGUGGUAUACUUUUAAGCACUUUGGUCCACUCUCAUCCGUCGGAUCUCCACUAGUGCAUGCGUACCCGAUGCUAGUGGUCAAAAGUAUUUUCUUUUGGAUAAAUGAUACCCUGCACAUGCAGAGAAGGUUCAGAGAGGAAGAGGUGAAGAGAGAGGUUUCACUGCUCAUAAAACAUAUUUAGAAUGUUUAUUUUUCAGAAACAUAAAAUACUGUCAAAUACUGCCAUACCGUCAAGAAUGAGAAAAUAUUGUGAUGUGAUAUUUUGGCCAUAUCACACAGCCCUAGUUCAUCCUAUCCUAAAAGCAUUCAAACAACCUGAUGGAGUUAUGGUGGCAAGGCAUCAUUCAUCUCACAGAACAAUCCAGGAAGUGCUGUUGUGCUCUCUGACUCAUACUGUAUCUGUCAUUGAACCCCACAGGAGGCAGAGACUGGUGGGGAGGAGUGGGGCCAUGAGAGGGAGGAGAGUGUGGCUCAGCUCCAGGGCCAGGUCCAGCAGCUGGAGAGAGAGAACACAGACUUCCUGGCUGCGCUGGAGGACGCCAUGGAGCAGUACAAACAGCAGGUCAGAACUACAAAGCAUUUUGACUUCUUACUGACAUUUUGGUGUUCAACAUGACAGCACUGUAAUCAUCAAAGAAUAAAGGCAAAUACAUUUCCAAAUACAUUUAGUCUAUUUUCUUAGUGUCUGUCCUCACUUGCCUCCUAGAUUUUAGUACUAGUCUCGGUAGAUAAUCAUUGAGAAGAUGAUCAACAUUGUUAAUUGAUUAAAUGUUAUAUUCUCUCCCCCUCCCCUAGAGUGAUAAGCUACAGGAGCAGCAGGACGUGAUAGUGGAGCUGCAGUGUCUGCUCUCUGGGCCAGGUGUACUGGGGCUGGGAUUACACCUGACACCACGCCCCCACACGGCCCCCCUGGGCUCCACACGCCACGCCCACAACGGACUCACCAACAAACGGGUAACUGACUGAUCAGCACCUCUUAGUAGGGGAAUGAAAACUGGCAUGAAGUUCCACAGUCUCAACGUUAAUCAGUAGUGUGUUCCACAGUGUAUGUCGCUGUGUGCUAUGAGAGUGUGACUGUGUUGGCUCUAGGUUGGUCCAGUGGACUGUGUGGAGAGCAGAUCAUUUGGUGACCAGGUCCAGUGUGGUUAUGCUCAAUCUUCUCAUGACCACGAGGAUCUAGGAGGGGGAGAGGUGAAGGACUCUGAGGAAGAGGACGCUUACGUCAACAUGAGCCAAGACAGACGGAAGUAUGGACAGAAUAUCACAUCUUUAUUUGAAACAGAGUGAGAUCAAGCAGAUUAUAUGAUGCCCAAGCAUCAUUGACUGUCUAGGUUAUUGAUGGCUACUGUAUGUAUCUCUUAGACAGGUGAAUCUGACUUGGACUAAGAGAGAUGUCAUGGGUGGAUCAGCAGCUGUAGGGAGAGGUCUCCUGUCUCAGCUGCCUGCCUCUGAACAACUCUCCACCCGGCGACCAUGUGAGUCCCACAGCAGGACAGAGCCUAAUCAAAUUCUAAAUUAACUCAUUCAAAGUUAAUAAAAUAAUAAUAAUAAUAUGCCAUUUAGCAGACGCUUUUAUCCAAAGCGACUUACAGUCAUGCGUGCAUAAUUUUUUUUUUUUUUGUGUAUGGGUGGUCCCGGGGAUCGAACCCACUACCUUGGCGUUACAAGCGCCGUGCUCUACCAGCUGAGCUACAGAGGACCACGGUUAACUCAUGACUGUGGAAGCACUAACUUGUGUUUGCGUCCCCUUCUCUCUGUGCAGCCAACUCCAGUGUAGGGGAGAGCUCAGUGGGUCUGGGGUCAGAGUGGGGCCUGCUACAGGCCCAGCAGAAGAUCAGAGAGCUGUCUGUCACCAUCCGCAUGAAGGAGGAGCUCAUCAGAGAACUGGUCAAGACAGGUACAUACAGUGCAUUUGGAAAGUAUUCAGACACCUUGACGUUAGUCUUAUUCUAAAAUUGAUUACAUUAUUUAUUUUCCUCAUCAAUCUACACACAAUACCCCAUAAUGACAAAGCGAAAACAGUUUUUUUUGGCAAAUGUGUAUAUAUAUAUAUAUAUAUAUAUAUAUAUAUAUAUAUAUAUAUAUAUAUAUAUAUAUAUAUACACACAGUGGGGGAAAAAAGUAUUUAGUCAGCCACCAAUUGUGCAAGUUCUCCCACUUAAAAAGAUGAGAGAGGCCUGUAAUUUUCAUCAUAGGUACACGUCAACUAUGACAGACAAAUUGAGAAAAAAAAAAUCCUGAAAAUCACAUUGUAGGAUUUUUUAUGAAUUUAUUUGCAAAUUAUGGUGGAAAAUAAGUAUUUGUUCACCUACAAACAAGCAAGAUUUCUGGCUCUCACAGACCUGUAACUUCUUCUUUAAGAGGCUCCUCUGUCCUCCACUCGUUACCUAUAUUAAUGGCACCUGUUUGAACUUGUUAUCAGUAUAAAAGACACCUGUCCACAACCUCAAACAGUCACACUCCAAACUGCACUAUGGCCAAGACCAAAGAGCUGUCAAAGGACACCAGAAACAAAAUUGUAGACCUGCACCAGGCUGGGAAGACUGAAUCUGCAAUAGGUAAGCAGCUUGGUUUGAAGAAAUCAACUGUGGGAGCAAUUAUUAGGAAAUGGUAGACAUACAAGACCACUGAUAAUCUCCCUCGAUCUGGGGCUCCACGCAAUAUCUCACCCCGUGGGGUCAAAAUGAUCACAAGAACGGUGAGCAAAAAUCCCAGAACCACACAGGGGGACCUAGUGAAUGACCUGCAGAGAGCUGGGACCAAAGUAACAAAGCCUACCAUCAGUAACACACUACGCCGCCAGGGACUCAAAUCCUGCAGUGCAAGACGUGUCCCCCUGCUUAAGCCAGUACAUGUCCAGGCCCGUCUGAAGUUUGCUAGAGUGCAUUUGGAUGAUCCAGAAGAGGAUUGGGAGAAUGUCAUAUGGUCAGAUGAAACCAAAAUAGAACUUUUUGGUAAAAACUCAACUCGCCGUGUUUGGAGGACAAAGAAUGCUGAGUUGCAUCCAAAGAACACCAUACCUACUGUGAAGCAUGGGGGUGGAAACAUCAUGCUUUGGGGCUGUUUUUCUGCAAAGGGACCAGGACGACUGAUCCGUGUAAAGGAAAGAAUGAAUGGGGCCAUGUAUCGUGAGAUUUUGAGUGAAAACCUCCUUCCAUCAGCAAGGGCAUUGAAGAUGAAACGUGGCUGGGUCUUUCAGCAUGACAAUGAUCCCAAACACACCGCCCGGGCAAUGAAGGAGUGGCUUCGUAAGAAGCAUUUCAAGGUCCUGGAGUGGCCUAGCCAGUCUCCAGAUCUCAACCCCAUAGAAAAUCUUUGGAGGGAGUUGAAAGUCUGUGUUGCCCAGCGACAGCCCCAAAACAUCACUGCUCUAGAGGAGAUCUGCAUGGAGGAAUGGGCCAAAAUACCAGCAACAGUGUGUGAAAACCUUGUGAAGACUUACAGAAAACAUUUGACCUGUGUCAUUGCCAACAAAGGGUAUAUAACAAAGUAUUGAGAAACUUUUGUUAUUGACCAAAUACUUAUUUUCCACCAUAAUUUGCAAAUAAAUUCAUUAAAAAUCCUACAAUGUGAUUCUCUGGAUUUUUUUUCCUCAUUUUGUCUGUCAUAGUUGACGUGUGCCUAUGAUGAAAAUUACAGGCCUCUCUCAUCUUUUUAAGUGGGAGAACUUGCACAAUUGGUGGCUGACUAAAUACUUUUUUUCCCCACUGUAUAUAUAUAUAUAUAUAUAUAUAAGACACCUAAAUGACUCUCAGACCAUGAGAAACAAGAUUCUCUGGUCUGAUGAAACCAAUCUUGAACUCUUUGGCCUGAAUGCCAAGUGUCACGUCUGGAGGAAACCUGGCACCAUUCCUAUGGUGAAGCAUGGUGGGGGCAGCAUCAUGCUGUGGGGACGUUUUUCAGUGGCAGGGACUGGGAGACUAGUCAGGAUCGAGGUGAAGAUGAACGGAGCAAAGUACAGAAAGAUACUUAAAUAAUAAAAAUAAUAAUAAUACUUGAUGAACCUACUCCAGAGCUCUCAGGACAUCAGACUGGGUCGAAGGGUCACCUUCCAACAGGACAACGACCCUAAGCACACAGCCAAGACAAUGCAGUAGUGGCUUCGGGACAAGUCUCUGAAUGUCCUUGAGUGGCCCAGCCAGAGCCCAGACUUGAACCCGAUUGAACAUCUCUGGAGAGACCUGAAAAUAGAUGUGCAGCGACGCUCCCCAUCCAACCUGACAGAGCUUUAGAGGAUCUGCAGAGAAGAAUGGGAGAAACUCCCCAAAUACAGGUGUGCCAAGCUUGUAGCGCCAUUCCCAAGAAGACUCGAUGCUGUAAUCGCUGCCAAAGGUGCUUCAACAAAGUACUGAGUAAAGGGUCUGAAUACUUAUGUAAAUGUAAUAUUUCCGUUUUUUAUUUUUAAUACAUUUGCAAAAAUUUCUAAAAACCUGUUUUUGCUUUGUCAUUAUGGGGUAUUGUGUGUAGAUUGAUGCAGAGAAAAAAAACAAUUUAAUCCAUUUUAGAAUAAGGCUGUAACGUAACAAAAUGUGGGAAAAGUAAAUGGGUCUGAAUACUUUCCGAAUGCACUGUACCCCUCUAAGACCUUUCCUUCCUGGCUUUCUAUAUGAUGGCAAUCACAUGCCUGUUUUCUCCCCAUAAACAAUACGGAAUGUACCAUUGAGUGAUGGGUCAGAUGUUAUCUUGCCUGUGUGUUAAUGUAGGUAAGGACGCCCAGGCUCUGAACAGGCAGUACAGCCGUAAGAUCUCUGCCCUGGAGGGGGAGGCUGAGCAGGCCAGGCAGGAGGUCCAGGAGGCCCAGAGACAGCUUCAGGACCUGGAGAAACAGGAGAAGGAGACCAGCGGUGUCACUGACAGGACCAGGGCCCAGGAGUGUCGCAGGAAGAUAGCUGCAGCACAGAGCAAAGUACAGGUCUGUCUGUCUGAGUCAGACUCCUACACUAGUGUCUUCUCAUAGUGCAUGUUUGUACUUGCCUGUGUCGGUUUGUUCAUAUAUAUAUAUAUGUGUGUGUGUGUUAGGUCCUGAGCCAGCGUCAGAGGGACACGGCGCGGCUGGCCUCGCUGUCUGCGCAGAGCGAGCGGCGUGUAUCGGAGCUGGAGCGCAGCGUGCAGGGCAUGAGGCAGCAGCAGGAGCAGCUGCAGAGACGUCUGCGACACGAGAGCCAACAGAAACGACGCCUGGAGACGGAGAUGCAGCGACGCACGCACAGAGUCAAGGUGUAGCCCAGGAGAAUGUAGAAUACCUGCUAAGAAAAAGAGUGGAGCAGGACAAUGCUGUGGUUUUUACAGAUUGGCAUUUGUGACAUCAAAAGUCUCCAGUGAUCACGUGACAUCAACACAUGACUCAUUUGCAUUCAUAGUGUAUUCCAUACGCUCCACUGUGGCCUAAGUACAGAGUGGGCAGAAUUCCAACAUGUAACUAACACCUGAAUUAUGCACAGCACUAUUUGAAGCAGCUAUUUCCCCACAUCAGUUAUCUCAAAUGAGAGAAGGACUAGGCAGUUGGAUAGAAAUGAUAUUGUUGCUAAUAGAAUAUGAUGCCUACCUAUCUUGGUAUCCCUAUGUUUUUACUGACUCCUCCUUCCCAUCCCUCCCUCCCUCCUUCCAUCCCUCCCUCCCCAGGAGCUGGAGAUAAAGAAUGAACAGCAGCAGAAGAUCCUGAGAAUAAAGACGGAGGAGAUUGCUGCCUUCCAGAGACAGAGACGCAGCGGCAGCAACGGCUCUGUCAUCUCACUGGAGGAGCAGCUGGUGGGACAUGGGGCUUCUACAAUGCUUAUGAAGCAUUUAUAUAGCACAUAUAAACAGUUGAUUAAGUAUUUAUACACCAGUUAAACAAUAGGCAUAGAAUCUAAAAAGCAUUUAUACAGUCAUUUAUAUAGAUGUUACAUACAAACCAUGUUCAUUCACCUCUAUGCAGUAGUUCUACACCAUUUAUAAAGUAAUUCUACAGCCUUUUAAAGUAUUUUUUUACCAUGUGGUUUUACACAUGGUUUCCUCUAUAUACACAGUAUGAGCCAAGGACAUAAACAACUCAAAACUAGCCUGGCCGGGAGAUCAGCUGGCUACAUAUUUAGCCUGUCAUCAUGUUUGUUUUUUGUGCAAUAUGGGCUUUUUCCUUUGUUUCUCGUGAAAGCCAGUUUUCCAAAAGACAUGUUUCAACAUCCAAAGGCGUUAUUUCCGUUGUUAAGAGUGAAAGAUGAAAAAUUCCUUGUAUCUCCCAGAAACUAUAUGCAGCUGAUUUUCCCUGUGUGUGGAGAGAGUCUCAAGUCUGUCAUUCACUGAUGUGCCUGGACAGGCCCAGAGCUCACACUGACACCAUCCCUAUGGUGAAGCAUGGUGGUGGCAGCAUCAUGCUGUGGGGGUGUUUUUCAGCUCCAGGGACUGGGAGACUAGUCGGGAUCGAGGGAAAGAUGAACGGAGCAAAGUACAGAGAGAUCCUGCUCUCAGGACCUCCGACUGGGGCGAAGGUUCACCUUCCAACUGGACACAAAACCUAAACAUCCAAAGGCUUUAUUUCCACUGUUAAGAGUGAAAGAUGAAAAAUGCCUCGUAUCCCGCAGAAACUAUAUGCAGCUGAUUUUCCCUUUGUGUUCUUAUAUCUCAGACUUUCACAGUGCACAUUGAGUGGAGAGAGUCUCAAGUCUGUCAUUCACUGAUGUGCCUGGACAGGCCCAGAGCAAUGACCCUCACGCUGACACUCUCACACUGGACCAGCGUGACGUAUAGCCACCAUACUGAACUCUGAGAAAGAAGCCUGUUUUAGUGGGUCUCUUAGCAUGGGCUUUUUAAUGAAGAGAGUAAGAGACCUGGCACUCUAUGUGAUGGAGAUAGGUGCGAUAUGGAUCAAUACACUGAGCGAUGGGCAAUCAGAUUGUUUAUUUCUCAGCUGCCGUCAGUUAUAGAUUUACAAUGUUGUGAGACGUAGGUGUUUAAUUAUUUCUUGUUAUUGAACGUUCUUCAGAUGUGCCCCUUUGUGUGCAAUGUGUGUUACUUCUGAAAUAUUGAGUUCCUUUGUACGGUACUACCGUGUUUCUUUAUGGAUCCAAAUGAAGUGUGUCUGCAUGUGUUCCUGUGUGAGCAGAAGAUUGAGGAGCAGAAGCGCUGGCUGGAUGAGGAGAUGGAGAGUGUUCUGGAGCAGAGGAAAGGACUGGAGGACCUGGAGGGAGAGCUGACCAAGAGGGAACAGAUCCUAGCUAAGAAGGAGGCCCUGUUGCAGGAGCGCAGUGGCCUGGAGACCAAGAGACUCCGCUCCAGUCAGGUACACACAUUAAACAGGCCCCACUGCAGGAGUGUGACAGAGAUUCCAGUUAGGUUGCCUACACACUCCCAAACACACACUCAAAGUGGCCCUACGGGUAAAGUGGUUUGCUGGGCUCAUUUCACAGUCAAUUUAAUGAUUUGCUGUACUUCUAUUUGAUAAAUCGUUCAUAAAUCUAGUGUGGCCGAAUAUAUAUAUAUAUAUAUAUAUAUAUAUAUAUAUAUAUAUAUAUAUAUAUAUAUAUAUAUAUAUAUAUAUAUAUGUAUAUAUAUAUGUCUUUCCUUCAACUGUAGUAUAUCUCUUCUCUCCACGUAGGCCCUCAGUAAGGACCUGGUGACGCUGUCUGGCCGUAUCGAGUCUCUGGAGAGGGAGCUGAGUGAGAGGAACGGCCUGCUCCGCAGCAGCAGUGCCCAGGACUCCCAGCAGAUCCGCCAGGAGAUCAACAACCUGCGCCUGGAGAAGGACACACUGCUCAAACAGAGGGUGGAGCUGGAUGACAAGCUACGGCAGGGCAGCCUGCUCUCACCAGAGGUCAGAGACUCCACAGGCUUACAGAAGCUUCUAACACUGCCCCAACACUUCUUUAUACACGUAGUAUUUGUAGUUUCUGUAGUUUGGUGUGUUAGGCGCGGAGUGUCAAUGCUGUCGGUGCCCCUGUAGUUUGGUAUAUUGUCUGUGCCUGUAUUUCCCCCCCAUUUCAACCCCUGUGGUUCUCUUUGUUCUGUCCCCAGGAGGAGCGGACUGUGUUCCAGCUGGACGAGGCCAUCGAGGCUCUGGAUGCGGCUAUAGAGUAUAAGAACGAGGCCAUAACCCAGAGACAGAGGCAGCUGAGGGCCUCUGCCAGCAUGCUCUCCCAAUGGGAGAUGAACCUCAUGGCCAAACUCAGCUACCUGUCUGCCUCAGAGACCCGUGCGCUGCUCUGCAAGUACUUUGACAAGGUCUGUCUGUGUGGCCCUCUUCCUUGCUGUUGUGGUUUUCACUGUCGGCUCAAAUACAGUGCCGCAUAGCCUAUGAGUACACAGCAAAUCUCCAUUAUGAUUAAAAGCAGCAUGGAAAUGGAGUGAGAGAGAAAGAUGGGGAAUGUAAAUUGUAAAAUUGCAGCUGACUGACUGAUAAUGUUAAUUGUGUGUGUAGGUGGUGUCGCUGCGUGAGGAGGAGCGUAAGCUGCAGCUGGCCCUGGCAGAUCUGGAGAUGCGUGGUGAGGAGCAGCAGCAGCUGGUGCAGUGGCUGGAGAACGCUCUGGACCGCACGCAGCUCGACACGGACCGCAGGCUCACACAGCAGCAGAAGGAGCAUGAGAGGAGUGUACAGCUACUGCUGCAGCAGUGCCGAGGUGGGCCUCACACAAAUAAAUACACACACCUGUAGGAUUUAGGUAGAACAUGUCAAAAUAUAUACAACAUGUUUUGUUUUCAACAAAGUCACAUUUGCCAUUAUUGCUCCACCUCAAGACAACAAAAUGAGUCACAGGCACAACUACGCGUUUCUCUAUUUAUUUAUUUAUUUUUACAUAAUGGAUUUUUCCAAUUGUGUUUAUUUUUUCUCCAUUCAGUUUGCAUGUCUUUACCCCCAUUCAAUCCUCCCACACACUCCGUAUGAUAACAGCCACCAGGCCCAUUAUCUGCAGUGCAGUGUUCCUCAGGUAUUGUUGUGGUCCCCCUAAUGUUUACUUCCCUACAGAGCAAAUUGACGAGGGCCUGGCAGGGAGGCAGAGACAGUACGAAGGCUGGAUCCAUAACCUCCGUAAAGAGCUCAACCACUACAAGGCUGCCAACCUGGAACUGAGCAACAGGCUUAGGGAGCUGUGUGGCAACGCCAGCCAACCCAUGGAGCAGGGAAAGGGUACUGUAUGGCUCAUUUUGGAUAGGGGCAUACUAUUGUCAUUUUUUUCAAAGCGCCAUAGUCAGUGGGUAAGGUACAUUAAUGUAACAUAAUGUUGGUAUAAUAAGAUAACAGAAGGUAUGGGUAUCAAAAAACGUAAUCCAGUCUCUGACUUCUGUUAAAAGAAUCCUCAUCUGCUCAAAUACUCAAGACAUAUGCUCUCUCUAUCUCUGAUUUUUUUUUGUAAAAUGCGCAUCUGUCAGGGAAUAAUAAGUAUUGAAGAUUUAGUGUUUGUGACUGAGUAUUCUGUCUCUGUCCUAGUCUGUCCUGUUCAGUGCUGGGCUGUGAGGCAUGUGAAUAUUUAGUACUUUGUAUGUUGCGUUGCAGUUCCGGUCUUUGAGGGAAGAACAGCAGGCAGUGGCAGUGUGGAGAGGCUGAGCCGAGGCCCAGAUGACAGCCGUAGGGGAGGGCCAGGGGAGCCAGAGAGACCAACCAGAUCCCGGGAGGAAAUAAGGGAGCUGGUCAACGCCCCUCUCCCUGCCACAUGGAGGCGCUCCUCCCUCCCCACCGAGGACCCCUGCGGCAUGGAGGAGCUACAGCAGCGGGUGGCCGUGGAGACGUCUGUAAACCGGGUGGUUCAGACAGGCACGGGGCCUUGGAGUGGGACAACAUCUCUGCCAUUUUCCAAAUCACGCAGAGAGUCCCGCCGAUCCAGCCUCAACACCGGACCACUGAUCUCAAAUAAUUCCAUAAUUGAUGUGAGGAAAAAUCCUGUUUAAAUGCACAAGGACCUCAUGGCAGAAUCAAGUUUAAAUGUCAAAGGACUUAAUGGCAGGACCCUGUUUAAAAUGCAACAGAAUCAAGUUAAAUUCAACGUGUGUCAAAAUGGGCUUGUUUUCAUACUGUUACAAUUAUGUGUUUGUUUUAUAACCGGUAAGUAUCUUUUGUAUUCAUCUGUUCUUAUUUUUUUAUAUUUGUAGUUUUAUAAAUAAAUGUUGGAAGAAUGCUCUUCAUUUUUUAUAUCAAGCACUUUUCUUUUCCACCAUGUAAUUCAUCUCCGCUUGUACAAUAAUAGACGUCGUCAUCAAAAACAGGUUAUACUGUUCACUGUUGCUAUUUUGUCAUCAAUACCCAUUUCUGUAUUUGAAAUAAAAUAAGAUUCUUGC